AUGCUGAAUUUGGCCAUAUCAGACCUGAUCUGCCUGCUACCCCUGCCUCUGUGGAUUUACACUUUUGUGAAAGGCUGGACUCUCGGCCUGGUGGCUUGUAAGCUUCUGGCAUAUUUCAUGUACUGCAGCCUCUAUUCUAGCCUCCUGACAGUGACAGUGCUGAGUGUCCAGCGCUACCUACAGGUGGUGCACCUGCAGAAAAUCUUCGACCGGGUUGGAAAGAGGAGGCUUCUGGUUCUGCUCUGGCUGGUUACCAUGAUCCUGUCUAUCCCUGCUUUAGUGGUUCGACAUGUGAUCAAAGACCAGCAUGGGACAGACUGCCACUUCCAGUACUCUUCCCAGUCCCAGGAGGUGGCUGUGAUGCUGACAGAGACCCUGACUGGAUUUGUUUCAAUUUCUGUCAUGGUAUUUUCAUACAUGGGCCUCCACAGAAAAGUGAACCAAGCAGCUUUCUUCAACAACCCACAGACCACCCGGCUGGUCACAA